ACUUGCAUAUUAAUAAUAAAAUAAAUUCUGCCAAGAGACAUGAGUGAAGACUGCGUUUCUAUGGAGGAAUAUUUACGAGACAGUGACGUGACAUCCUUCAAAAGUGUACAGUAAUCCACCAGGUACACAAAGUACUGGCGAGGGCGGAACCAGUGUGCAGGAGGAACUACAAUCAAAAGCCUCCAAAAGAGAGGGAAAUUUAAACUGUCCGGACAUUUCACUUGGACCUCUGUUGAUGCAAAAAAUUGCAAUAAAAACAUCGAUUGCGACCAAUCCUGUCCCUCAAGAGAAUGGAAUGAAAACGUCUUUUCGCGAAUAACUCGUAAUAUUACAGAAUGGAGUUUUGCCACGAUCAGCUUUUAGACUCGCCCUCCAAAAACAGUUUCAUCGGGAGUUAUCACCAGCCUCCAGACAAGAUACUACCAGUUCCUGCAGACGCACAGCCCUCCUCCAAAGGUGCAGGGCUGCAGAUGGACAGUCCUGCACAUCCACAAACCAAAAGGAAUAUUGACAGAAAAGCUGUGGAGAAUGCACUGAGGACCCUUCAGGAGAAAAUAAGACGGCUUGAGAAGGAACGGGCGCAAGCAGAGAAGAGCCAACCACAGAUAUGGCAGGAUGCUGAGAAGCAGCAGCCUGUCACGACGAUGUUAUGUGACAACCAAUCAUCAACUAGUCAGGACGGCACAAACAGGAGAGAGUUGGACUCCAAGCUGCAGUCUGCAGAGUCUCGCUGUAAGAUGCUGGAGAAGCAGCUGGACCACAUAAAGAGGAUGGUGGAAACUGCGAGGAAGGAGAAGAGCACUCCAAUAGUGAAUGGGCAGGAAGAGUGGACAAGCAGCUUGGAUGACCAAAUUCAGCGGGAAAAGCUCGAGAAACUGGAAUCUGAGUGUCUCAAAUUGAGCAGAACCCAGAACAUAUCAGAGAUGAAGCUUGCCGUUCUGGAGCAGAGGCUCCUACAGGAGGAACACGAGCGCAAACUUGUCCAGGAGAAAGCGGGUCAGUUGCAGCGAGAGCUGGACCUCAGCCUCCGGUUGUCUUCACUUGCUUCUCAGCAGACAAAGCCAAAGACGACCACAAAGAAAGUCACAUUGAAUACCCCCAGACACAAUGAGAUGGCAUCACCAAGGCAUAAAAGAAUCCCUUUUGUAGCAGGGACGUCGACAAGCCCAAGCCACUCUGUCCAUGCCAACGUGCAAAGUAUUCUACACAUGAUGAAGCACCACCAGCCUCAGCUGUGCCAGAGAGUCAGCGCCCUGCACCGAUCAGGCAGCGGAGCAAGGAGGAGCCUCCAAAUGGACGUUGCCACGACUCCCGCCUCUGUCCCCAGGUGCGACAGAGAAAUGGAACACCAAGAUCAGUCGCUGGGCUCACUGUCGGACCUGCUCUUAGCCCUGCAGGACGAGCUGGGACAGAUGGGCUUUGAACAUCAGGAGCUUGUGCAUCAAAUUGAUAGCAGCCAGCAGUGCGAGCAGAGGCGGGACCUGCAGAGAGAACUGGAAGCUUUGGUGGGUAGAAUGGACAAAAAGGGAGCGCAGAUCAGCAAACUGCGGAAGCACCAGCAGGCGGUCCACACGCUGACCCCGCAGCCGAGCGCAAACAGGACGCCUGCAAAGCCAAAAGGGAUCAGGCCUUCGACAAUUUCUCCGGUUCUGAAUAAGCAGCAGGAUAAGCAAUGUAUUGGCGCUCAGAAAAGUCUGCAAAUUCUCCGGGAGUCGCAGAAAUUGCGCAACAGCCUUAAACAAGACGACAUCUACUGGGAGGUUUGAUGUUUUUCCACAGGUGACGACAUUGAUUCAUGUGUAAAACAUGUUUUUAAAGCUAUUUUACCUUUUGUGAGGUUGUGGUAUGAUGAUUGGGAUAUUUGCUGUAUAUCAUGUAUUGUACGAUUUUAAUAAAGCUUAUU